AAAAAACUUUUCAAAACAUCCCUUCUGUUUUUUUUUUUCUUCAUAGUAAUAAAAAUAUUCAGUAUAAUUAUUCAUUAAUAAUUAUAUUUAGUUGUGCACGAACUGCGUGCUGACAGCAGUUCCGUCAUCACUUUCAGUCUCCUUAUUCGUUUCUGCCAGUGGUACGUGUGCGCGCAUGAAUCAGUGAGUCAGUGAAGGACGAUGGCAUCUGUUGAUCAGCAUUGUGACACACUAGAUGAGCUGAAAGAAGACGAGCCUGAAUACAAGAAAGCCAAGAUGAGCAGCAGCGCUCACCCUGGAGCCAGUGUUGAUCUGAAUGCUCAGACGGGAGCAGCUGUAAGUGCUCCUGUACUCGCUAGAAACACCAUCACAGGCCCAGUGACCUUCAACAUGAACACUGCAGGAAACGAGCUACAAAAUAUCACAGAGACAGUGGAGAAACACAAAGAAGAGCAAGAGGAUUUGAUUCUGAAAAAAAUCUUAGGAACUCACAAAACCAACAUGAUGAAGAAAGCAGAACGUAUUUUUGAGUACAAGAAAGAAAAUCAAGCACAUCUUAAGGAUGUUUACACAGAACUGUUCAUCACAGAGGGAGAUAUGGAAGGUGUCAAUCAGGAACGUGAGAUUCUGAAGAUUGAUGAUGCUUUCAAGAACAAAAAAAGACAAGACAAACCAAUCAAAUGCAAUGAUAUAUUUACAUUAUUAAGGGAAAACAAUGAGGAAAAGAUUGUGCUGACAAAGGGAGUUGCUGGCAUUGGAAAAACUGUCUCCGUGCAAAAGUUCAUCCUGGACUGGGCACAAGAAAAAGCCAAUGAGGAUAUACACUGUGUGUUCCUGCUUCCAUUCCGAGAGAUUAACAGCAUUAAAGACUGGGAGUUCAAUCUCCAUGAAUUUCUGUUAAAAUUUUAUCCUGAACUGAAAGACCUGGAGAAUUCAAAGUUAUAUAAGGAAUGUAAACUUGCAUUUAUAUUUGAUGGACUUGAUGAGAGUCGCCUGGAUUUGAAGUUUAAAAGUGGAACAUUGAACAAUGUUGAGGAAAGAUCAUCUGUAGACGUGCUGUUCACAAGUCUGGUCAAAGGGAAGCUGCUUCCAUCAGCUCUCAUCUGGGUGACCUCACGACCAGCAGCAGCCAAUAGGAUCCCUCCUCAGUAUGUGGGUUUGUUCACAGAGGUGCGAGGAUUCACUGACCAACAGAAGGAGGAGUACUUCAGAAAGAGAAUCACAGAUGAGACUCAGGCCUCAAGAAUCAUCGCACACAUUAAGACAUCUCGUAGUCUCUACAUAAUGUGCCACAUUCCUGUGUUCUGCUGGAUUACCGCCACAGUACUUCAAGAUAUUCUCAAGAACAACACUGAGAACAUCAGCACAACACUCACUGAAAUGUACAUUCACUUCCUGCUGAUACAGAUGAAAAUAAAGAACCAAAAAUAUGAUGAACAAGAAGAAAGACAACGCAAAAAGCUUUUAGUCUCAAACAGAAAAAUGAUUUUGAAGUUAGCCAAGCUAGCAUUUGAACAGCUGAAGAAGGAAAACAUUGUGUUUUAUGAGGAAGAUCUGGAAGAAUGUGGUAUUGCUUUGAAUGUAGACACUGAGUUGACAGGAAUUAUUGCUGAGAUCUUUAAGCAGGAAGAUGGACUUCAUGAAGAAAAGGUCUUUUGCUUUGUGCAUCUGAGUGUUCAAGAGUUUCUCGCUGCAGUAUAUGUGUUCCUCUGUUACCUGAAGAAGAACAUGCAGGAGCUUCAGUUUUUCUUUGAGAAGCCAAACGAAAACAUCACAUUGCAGGAGCUACUAGAGAAGGCUGUUGAUACAGCAAUGCAGAGUGAGAGAGGACAUCUGGACCUUUUCCUACGGUUUCUGAUGGGCAUUUCACUGGAAUCUAGUCAAAACCUGCUCAAAGGCCUGAUCUCACACACUGAAGACACCACAGAGAGCAUCACACAAACAACUAAAUAUAUUAAAAAAGUACAAGAAUGGUACUCUACCUCAGAUGAAGCUUCAGUCAACCUAUUCUACUGCUUACUUGAGCUGAAGGAUCAUUCAUUAUAUGAGGAAAUCCAAAGAUACCUCAAUUCAGAUGAACAUCCAGGAAGAGAACUCUCAUCUUCAAUGUGCACAGUGCUGACCUACAUACUACUGAUGUCAGAGAAGGUGCUGGAUGAGUUCGACCCAAAGAGGUUCACGUCAUCUCAGAUAGACUACAAGAGACUCGUUCCAGCUGUGAGAUGCUGCAGAAAAGCCUUACUUGACAGCUGUGGUCUUGAUGAAACAUGCUGUGAAACUAUAUCUUCAGUUAUACAAUCACCAAACUCCCAUCUGAGAGAGCUGGACCUAAGCAGCAAUCAGCUGAAGCAUUCAGGAGUGAAGCUGCUUUCUGAUGGACUGAAGAGUUCACACUGUCAACUGAACAUACUGAGGCUAUGUGGGUGUAAUCUCACUGGUAAGUCCUGUGAAAGUUUGUCUUCAACUCUACAAUCCUCAAACUCUGUCCUGAGAGAGCUGGACCUGAGUAACAAUGACCUGCAGGAUUCUGGAGUGAAGCUUCUUUCUGAUGGACUGAAGAGCUGUAAACUGGAGAUACUGAGGUUUUCCAUAUGUAAUCUCACUGCUCAGUCUUGUGAGAGUUUGUCAUCAGUUUUACAAUCCUCAAACUCUGUCCUGAGAGAGCUGGACCUGAGUAACAAUGACCUGCAGGAUUCUGGAGUGAAGCUUCUUUCUGAUGGACUGAAGAGAAACUGUAAACUGGAGAUUCUAAGGUUGUCUGGCUGUAUGGUGACAGAGGAAGGCUUUCGUUAUGUGUCUUCAGCUUUGAGUUCAAACCCCACAAACCUGAGAGAGCUGGAUCUGAGCUACAAUCACCCCGGAGAUACAGUCAACCAUCCAAUCCACAGACAGCUCAAACUCAAUGUGGAUCAUGGAGGAGAGUUCAGGAUUACAGCAGGACUGCACAAAUAUUCCCACCGGCUCACUCUGGAUCUGAACACAGUGAAUAAACGCCUCCAUCUGUCUGAGGACAACACAGUGAUUACUGACACUUACCCACUGCAGUCGUAUCCUGAUCAUCCAGACAGAUUUGAUGGGUGGUCUCAGGUGUUGUGUAGAGAGAGUGUGAAUGGACGCUGUUACUGGGAGAUUGAGUGGAGUGGACGUGAUGUGUCUAUAUCAGUGUCAUAUAAGAGCAUCAGCAGGAAGGGAGAGGGUCAUGAGUGUUUGUUAGGAUGGAAUGAUCAGUCCUGGAGUUUAAACUGCUUUUCCUACAGUUACUCAUUCAGACACAAUAACAAACAGAUUCAUCUCCCUGUAAAGCCCAUCAGCAGUAGAGUAGGAGUGUAUGUGGAUCACAGUGCAGGAACUCUGUCCUUCUACAGCGUCUCUGGAGACACAAUGAUCCUCAUCCACACAGUCCAGACCACAUUCACUCAACCGCUCUAUCCUGGGUUUAGGGUUGAUUAUACUGGAUCAUCAGCGAAACUGUGUUGAUGAAUCAGAACAGACUGUAGAGAGACUCUACCCAUAAUGCUUUGAGCUCAUGAUGAAUCAGUGACAGUGAGCCCAUACGGAAAUGUAAUAUAUGUACAGUGCACAGCCUAAAUGAGUACACCCCCUCUGAAACUUCUGAAAGUCAGCAAUUACUCAAUUACUUAGAAGACAUGUUAGGGUUCUUUAGAGAUAUAAUGUUCCAGCAAGUCUGCUUCAUCAAUUACCAAAGAAGCAUGUCAAAAUUAUUCAGGAAAAUAAGAUUUUUUCUUAUCAAGGUGAUAAAAUGUAGUGUAGCAAAAAUGAGUACACCCUCCUAAAAGUUACUAAAUAAAACAAAAUAAAAAAUUUCUGGUGUAAGUUUAAGGCAAUGUUUGAUCAACAGGUAAGUAUGUUGAACCAAAACAUUUAAAGAGAAGUAAUUUCUUGAGUGUUAUAUAGCCCACUGAAUCAUUCUCAGACUUAAUGCUGACAACAAUGGAACCACUUGGGAAAGAACUGCCAGGAGACUUAUUUCUUAGCACAGAAGAGGACAGUGGUACAAGAGGAUUACCAAAUCAUUGUUUUAAGUGUGAAAAUAUAGCAAAAGUAACAUAGAAAUUGAAAAACAAUGGACUUGUGACAAGGCCCCUGAAAUAAUUAGGCCUUCAUUUUAAGCUUUCAUUUAGUGAUGAGGGAUUUUUUUGCUAGACAAAGAGCAGGAGAAAUACCAAGCGAGUGUCUCAGAGCCAGCAAAAGCUAUGAAAAGAGUGACUGUUUAUCUCACAGAGUAAGAUGCAGCCUGCAGAAAUGACAUGCAUGGUUGUUGUUCUCAUUGGAACUACCUACUGUAGCCAAAGCACAAUAAAGUCAGUUCCAAAGCCCAUAUUUACAAAAUAUAGAUUCUGAGAAUCAAUACUCUGGUCAGAUGAGACCAAAUCAAUCAUUUUGGAUCUAACAGCAUCCAAAAUGUUAUGGUGUUGCUAGAGGAGGAGUACAGUGAGAAGUGCCUGGUUCCCACAGUAAAGUUCAGUGGUAGUAAAGCUCUUAUAUAGGGAUGUAUGAGUGCUGAAGGUGUGAGAGAGUUGUGCUUUAUCAAUGCUGUCAUGAAUUCACACACCACUGUGUAAUUUAAUACACAAACUUGAAACAGAAGAUGUUACCCUUUCCUCAUUCCCUGCAUUGUUGGGCAUUUUUUCAACAUGACAAUGAGGAUAUGCAUUCUCCCAAGGUGAAAAAACUUCUGUGGACAUGUAUGGUACUCAAUCUUAACACUCUUGAGCGCCUGUGGGGGAUUCUGUAGAGACGAGUUGAGCAACACUCCCCAUUAAAGAUCAGGGCAUUUAAGGAGCUCAUCAUCCAGGAGUUAAACAGGACAGAUGUGACAAUUUGUCAUGAUCUUGUACACUCUGUGCCAAGAAGGGUCAGAGCAGUAUAUUCAAAAUUAUGGAGGGCAUACUAAGUGCUAGAAUAUUAUACAUUUGUUGAAUUAAAUCUAGGGUGUACUCAUUUCUACUAUCCUUAAUUUAAACAAAAUUGGCUAAUUUACUUAUUUUAUGGCUAUUAAUGACAUAUUUCUCAGUUUUUAUUAUGUAUAUGUUUAAUACAUUUUAGUUUUGCCAUCUUUCCAUGAAUUGUAUUAGUGAUCAUAAAGAAAAUACAUCUUUUGUAUUUGUUCAGAGGGGGUGUACUCAUUUAUGCUGUGCACUGUACAUAUAUGAAAUAUACAUACAUUAAAUAUAUCUACAUAUAAAGUGAAAACAUAUAUGUACAUAUAUAUCUGCCCAUAUAUAAAUCCUUUUUGAAAAUGGAACAAUUUCAUAUAUUGACAUAAAACUAGCCCAUAUAAUUUUUGUUUAUGUAUAUAUAAUACAGUAUUUUAUAUAUGUAUAUAUAUGUGUGUGUGUGUCACAUAUAUAAUUAUUAAUUUACAUGACAUAUUUCUUUGUAUAAAUGUUCAAUAUACAAAUUAAACAUAUGCAUAGCAUAUUGCUUACAUAUCUGUGACAUAUAUAUGUCCCUAAUAUAUGUUUUUAUAUAGUCUUAGUAUAUAUUUUACAUUUAAAGUGAAAUAUAUUUGCAAAAUAUAUUUUUGAUAAAUGUAUAUGGAAUAUAUAAAUGGCAUAUAUAAAAUAAUUGUGUGCACAUACAUUUUGAAUAUGUUAUGUUCUUAUAUUAGGUAUAUGAAUUGCAAAACAUUUGCAUUAUUGUAUGAUGUAAACUAAACAAAUAAACAUGCUUUCAUUUCUUACAUAUUUUGAAAUAUAGGUUAUGGAUGUGUACUUACACACUUGAAAUACAAUGCACAUGGUAUGCCUAAGCCUUAAAUGUUAAACGGUGCAGUUGGCAAAAAAGUAGUAAUACAUUAAAGCAGUUAAAACAUUAAAA